AUGUGGGCUAUAGCCACAGUAUUGCUUGUCUUUGAAUUCUCAGUUGGUGCAACUAUAGGAAAAUGCCUGAAUAGAGGAUUGGCAACCCUGGUUGCUAGUGCUCUUGCUCUUGGAGCACUUCACUUAGCUAGUAUCCCUGGAAAACACGCCGAACCAAUAUUAAUUGGAAUGUUCGUCUUCGUUCAAGCUGUGGCAUCAACAUUCAUACGAUUCCUUCCAAAAGUGAAGGCGAGUUACGACUAUGGGAUGCUAAUAUUCAUACUGACAUUCUGUCUAGUAUCGAUAUCUGGUAUUAGAACUAAUGAAAUAUUCAAGUUGGCCUGUAUGAGGCUAUUAACCAUUUUCGUCGGUGCAUCCACUUCCUUGCUCGUAUCCAUUUUCGUUUGUCCAGUUUGGGCUAGUGAAGAUCUUCACAAACUUGUUGCUCAAAACAUAGAGAACCUUGGGAAUUUCUUGGAAGCAUUUGCAGAUGAGUUUUCUAAUAAAUCAUCAUCAAUUACAAAAUCCCAAAAUGAUGGAUCAUUUUUAUCUGGCUUGAACAGUGUUCUUGAUUCGAAAAACAACGAAGAAACCUUGGCAAAUUUUGCUAGUUGGGAACCGAUGCAUGGACAGUUCGCAUAUCGUCAUCCAUGGGAACAAUAUCUCAAAAUCGGAAAUUUGACAAGGCAGUGUGCCUCCAGGCUUGAAGCCCUCAGAGGCUACCUGAACUCCAAAAUUCAAGCACCAGAAGAGAUCAAUGAGAUCGUUCAAGAGGCACUUUCAGAAAUGAGUUCAGAAUCUGGAAAAGCACUAAAACAACUAGCCAGGGCUAUUGAAACCAUGACUAAGCCAUUAUCUCCUAAUCUGCGAGUCGAGAACCUGAAAAUCGAGUUGAAAAACCAAAAAUCUUUACUGAAGUCCAAUUGUUAUCUUCUGCAAGUAAUACCAGUUGCCGGAGUAGCAUCACUGCUGAUAGAUAUUGCUAUCUGUGUGGAAAACAUUGGGGAUGCCAUUAAUGAGCUUGCUUCAUGUGCAAAAUUUAAGAGUCCGGACCCAAAUGAACUUGGAGAAGAAUCCAAGAAAGAAUACAGAAUAGAUAUAUUAGUGAAUGAAUCAUCUGUGGCUAAUCAAGAAGCUCAAUCUUCUGUUCAGGCUAGAAGUUAA